AUGACGUUUCAAGAGUGGCUGCCGAACUGUCUGGUGGUACGGCAGGUGCGGUCGUCCAAGGGUGAUGUCGAGUUCGCCGGUGACGGCGGUGAACUGUCCUGGUCAGAGUUGAUCGACCACAACGUGAAGCAGUUCAAAGAGGGUGCCAUAGACUGGCUCUCCCCAGUCCUAUUCAAUGGACACCUGCAGACUGGGUACACCGGGUACAAGGAGUUCAACGAGAUCGACGAGGUGCAAUACAAGCGGGUUGUCGUGGAAUACCCGCAUGGCGGACAAGGUGCCAUCGACUUCGUUGUGACGGAGCCGCUCCCCGAGGGGAAGAAGCGGCCUGAUACGCCCGCACCGAUGGGGCAGCACCCGUUCACUAGGCCCCUCGACGAGCAAUACCGGUAUGCGGCCCCGGGGGACCCGACACUCAGGUCCAGCGAUGAGAGCCCGCUGCUGAUUAUGUGCCAUGGGCUCACGGGCGGGUCCCAUGAGAGUUACCUUCGGCCAAUGCUCAGCAGGAUCACUGGCGACGCAUACGGGUUUGAGGCCUGCGUGGUGAACUCCCGUGGGUGUUGCCAGUCGGCGAUCACUACGCCGCAACUUUACAGCGGUGGGUGGACGAACGACCUCAGACACUGCGUCCGCGAGUUGCGUGAUAGGUUCCCGAACAGACCCUUCUACAUGAUGGGGUUCUCCCUGGGCGCCGCGAUUGUUGCUAACUACAUCGGCGAGGAGGGGGACCGUUGCGACGUCAAAACGGCCGUCGUCAUGUCCGCACCUUGGGAUAUGGUCAAGGGCCAGCAGUUUCUGGACGGGUACCAGUUCGGCAGGAGGAUCUACAGCCCUACCCUGUGCAACAACCUCGUCAGGCUUCUCACGAGACAUCUCGGCGUCCUGUUGCAAAGCCCACUGUUCAAACAGAAGUGGGAGGCCAGCAAGGGGAAGUUGCGCACCGUCAAGGACUUCGACGACUACUUCACGGGACCCAUGUUCGGGUACAGGGACUCCCAGGAUUACUACAGGGACGCAUCCCCGAGGAAUCGCAUCCCGGGGAUCAGAGUGCCCCUUAUCGGCAUCAACAGUCUCGAUGACCCGAUCAUCGGCGGAAAGUCAAUCGUGCCAGAACAAGAGUUACAGGAGAACCCGUACGUGCGUCUCAUCCUGACGAACAUCGGUGGGCAUCUCGGAUGGUUCAAGGACGUCAACGGAUACAGAUGGUACACGGAACCAGUGUGCGAGUACUUCUCCGCGUUCCAGAGGCAAGUGGUUCUCCCCGGGUUGAAACCAAAGAACACGUACGAUGAACUGCAUUGCAAGCCGGUCAAGACGUCCUUCUUCUGA